AUGGCUUCCGAGAACCUCAGCGUCCCGCACAAGGUGACCUGUGCCGAGGGGCUGCGCCCGGGCACCGUGGUCCGGCUACGGGGCGUCGUGCCCCAGGAGGCGUCCAGGUUCCACGUGAAUUUUCUGUGCGGGGAGGAGGCCGGAGCCGACACUGCGCUGCAUUUGAACCCACGCCUGGACACCAGCGAGGUGGUCUUCAACAGCUUCGAGGGGGGCUCCUGGAAGAAGGAGGAGAGGGGCCGGGGUCUGCCCUUCCGCCGCGGGGACCCCUUCGACCUGCUGCUCAUCGCCGCCGACGACGGCUACAAGGUUGUGAUCGGCGACAACGAGUAUCACAAGUUCGCCCACCGCAUGCCCCCGCAGAGGGUCCGGGGCCUGGAGGUCGGGGGCGACGUGCUGCUCCAGGCCGUGCGCAUCUUCUGA